UCCUCUUCCUCCUCCUCCUCCUCCUCGCCCUUUGGGAAUGGCUUUAGAACGUUCCUGUCAGCUUUUCAAUUCGGAGGUUCAUCCUGGCAACCAGGAGAAGUCAGCAGGGGCAACAUGACAACAUACAGUGACAAAGGCGAGAAGCACGAGCGAGGACGAUUCCUCUGCUUCGAUCACUUGACAUUCUGGGUUGGGAAUGCAAAACAGGCAGCAUCGUAUUACUGCAACAAACUGGGAUUCGAAUCGUUCGCUUACCGAGGCUUGGAGACGGGCAGUCGAGAUGUCGUGUCGCACGCGGUCAAGCAAGGGAAGAUUAUAUAUGUGUUCUCAUCUGCCCUCAAUCCUGGAAACAAAGAGAUGGGAGCUCAUUUAGUCGAGCACGGGGACGGAGUGAAAGAUGUCGCGUUUGCGGUGGAGAACUGCGACUCCUUAGUGCAGAAAGCCAAAGAGCGAGGAGCUGCGAUCGUAAAAGAGCCCUUCACCCUGGAGGACGGGCACGGCAAAGUGAGACUCGCUGUGCUGCAAACCUACGGCGACACCACGCACACGUUGGUGGAGAGGACGGGAUAUUGUGGCCUGUUUCUGCCCGGCUUCCGACCGCCUCUAUUCAAAGACCCCUUGCUCGCCGCGUUGCCAGAGGGAAAACUGAACUUCAUUGAUCACGUUGUGGGAAACCAACCAGAGGAGGAAAUGGUUCCGGUCGUGGAAUGGUACCAGAAGAACCUUCUUUUUCACCGCUUUUGGUCGGUGGAUGACAAACAGAUGCAGACGGACUUCAGUUCUCUGCGCUCCACUGUGGUGGCCAACUACGAAGAGACUGUAAAGAUGCCCAUCAAUGAGCCUGCCGUGGGCAAGAGGAAGUCUCAAAUCCAGGAGUAUGUGGAGUAUUAUGGUGGUCCGGGAGUGCAGCACAUUGCCAUGAACACGUCAGAUAUUAUCACAGCUAUUCGCAACCUAAAACAGCGCGGGACAGAUUUUAUGUCAGUGCCCGACACGUACUACCGGCAACUGAGGGAGAAGUUAAAAGACUCCAAGGUGAAAAUAGCAGAAGACCUGGAUGUCCUGCAGGAGCUGAAGAUCCUGGUGGACUACGACGACACCGGCUACUUACUUCAGAUCUUCACCAAACCGCUUCAGGACCGCCCCACGGUCUUCUUGGAAGUCAUUCAGAGACAUAAUCACCAGGGAUUUGGUGCAGGAAACUUCAAAUCUCUUUUUGAAGCCAUUGAAGCAGACCAACGUGCUCGAGGAAAUCUGACCAUCCUUAUGCCCGACGGUGUGUCCAAGAGUUUGUGAGCGCAGCUUUGCACUUGUGGGAUGCCUCAAUGUUAUCAAUCGAUGUAGUGUGCUCUCAGUUUAGGGUUUUUACUUUUGAGUGUUUUGGACGGGGAAGGUGGAGAAGCUUAAUACAAACGCACGUGCAUACCAUAAUUUCCCGUGUAUAAUGGGCAUUUUUUCCGCCCCAAAAAAUUGUUAAAAGUCAAUAGUGCGCAUUAUGCAUAGGUAUAGGGGCAAAUGGGGAAAAAAAACCGUUCACAUUUUAGAAAUGUAUGCCGCCAUCUAGUGGUUAUGAAAAAGCUGUCCACUUUCAUUCCAAAAUGCCACCGCCACCUAGUGGUUAUAAAAAAAAAAGCGUAGCCUACAAUUUCGUUCCAAU